CUCCUACUUAUUGUUGCCUAAGGAAUCAAAGGAGUCGAGUCAAAGCGUUGUCGAUUUUUUUAUUAUCACCCUAGUGUAUAUGCAUGAAAAAUAUGGUAGCUAUAGAAACUGUUAUGUUUGUAAGUUCGCUGAUUUUUUGACAGUCUACUUUCCUAGCAGGUUUAGUCAAGUCAAUUUAUUUUAAACAAUCUCCUGCUUUUGUAAAAACAAAAUGCCCCGAGUUCACCCGACUACCAAAUUAGGCGUUUACGGUCAGUAUGACCUAAACCCGGAAAAAGCUGUAACGCUGUAUACGAAAUCGAAGCUGCAAAACAAAUUUUACAUAAAAACUCCAAACUGGGACGUGGCUCGUCUUAGCUUCGAGCUUAAAGGAAUUCAGAGCAAUCGCGAGUAUGAAGAAGUUACCAAAGAACAAAAUCGAAUGCGUGCUCAUUCGUACGAUCAAUUUCGAUUGAACGAAAAGCGUUUAGCCAAUGCCGAGAAACUUCUCCGGUUGUUGUGGGAUGAUUUUGUAGAGGUUAACGAUUUUCUUAAGGAUUGUGAAGCAAAAGAAAAUGAAUCGUACGAGACAAUGGAUGUCGAAAAAAAGAAACAAUCUCACUAUCAUGAAGAAAUCGGAAAGCUCGAUUCAGACUUGUCUUUUCUUAAUAAAUUUAUACAUGAAUAUGAUAAAACAGUAGACGAGUACAAGAUAUUCGAGGAGGUACUCGUACAAACAAUUCAUACGUCGGUUAUUUUUGAAAACAUAAACGAUUUGAUGAAGCGUUGCGAUUCUUUACUUUUAGCUCAAGUUGAAAUAUCGGAAAACGAGCAGCAAAAAAUUCAGGAAAUCGAAUGCAUUAGAGAAAAUCUUCUCGAAUCAACCAAAUCUGCAUUGCAUAUAGUAACCGGACUCAAUAACGACCUAUCACGGUUGCAGGGUCGCUACAUGAACGCACUGGAAGAGUGUCUCAAGUGGGAGAAGUCCAUAACGGUUACAAAAAACUUUAUGACACGCAAUGAAAUGACGACAAACUGCAUGCUGGACGCCAUCAAUCAUCUGUACAUUCUUAUCAGCAAGCGACGGGGCGGACCAUGCAAAUAUGUACGGGGUGAUGUUGAGAGGCAGCUGGAUUUCAUCAAAGAGGAAGCUGGAAUAAUGCAGGAAAUACACUCGAUUGCGCACAAAAAACUAGCCAAAGACGAUCUGAGCCUUAUCGCCGAGAAGGGAUCAAUUAAAACUAAACCAAUAAUUUUUCCAGCCAAGACCAAAGGGUUUCGGAAAAUCGCGCAAUAAUCUUGUUCCAUUCAUUUCUUCAAGAUAAUACGAGUAGUUCAAAUAUUUGUUGUAAUCCGUGUUUUCCAUCUGUCGAACUGGGUGAAUCUAUGGUUAAUUCUAUUGUUUUGCUGACAACUGUUUAUGCGAAAGACAGCAUGAGUUCUAGCCUGAGGUUCACAAAUAAUACCGGACCGACACAGCUAUGCCUACAUAUGUUUGUGAUUUUCAUACAUGAUAAAAUAAACUCUAUUGCUGUAUUGUUUAAUGGGUUUCUACUGGAAAAUAAAUAAGCAUGUUUAAAAGCAAGUUCUCAGUUAUAAUCUUAAAAUAAAACCUGUUAUUAUUUCGUGCCAAUUGAUUGCAGUUCAAUAAGAUGAAUUUGAUUUGUUGACUUUAUGCCUUAAAAAACUUUCCUAUUUGUUUUGGAUAAUUACUAACAAUAUAUAGGGGAAUGCAAUUUAGAAGUUUUUUUUUUUUGUGUUAAAUGAGUGUCAAACAUUUAAGGCGCAGCCAUUCUAACAAAACUUAACGCUAAUCAAUUCUAUUUUUAAUGAAUAUUUUUAUUCUUAUAAGAACCAUGACAAUGCCGAUAGUUACUGUAUUGAAGUGAUAUUGCAAUUAUUUAUGUUUGAAGAAAGGAAAACAUUGUUGGCUUGCCUAAAUUAUUGUUACCAAUUGCAGUGAUAUUAAUUUCAAAUUAUGAUUUUUUUGAAGUGGGAACAAUACUGAAAGGUACCGUCAGUGGGGGGUGACUGGGUCAAAAAACCGAUACACCUCUCGAAAUUUCUUAAUAACAAAAACAAUUUAAAUAACAUCGAAAAUCUUUCAAAGUAGAUUUCUAGAUUAAAUUUUCAAAACAACCUAUCCCUCAUGGGUUUCCUAUGCAAAUAGGGCCUUUUGAAAAUUUAAUCGAGAUUUGAUCUUAGAUAGUUUACUAACAUUUUCCCAAAAUAUGGUGGAUUUUGAUGAACACUACCUUAAAUGCCAAUUGUUUGAAAAUUGACUCAAUCUCACCCCUUAGAGGGGGUGUCAUUGGGUCAAAUGAAACUAAAAUGAUGCUCAAAUACAACGAUAUGGUAAAAACAAGUCGUCCAACAGUGUUUCUUGUUCGAAGGAAUCGUAUUGACAUGCUACAAUGUUUGAAGUGGAGAUUUUCAAACAUUUGGGUAGUUUUCGAGCAAUUCCAACAAAAAUAUUAGAAAAAUGAUUUUUCGAGAGGUCAUUU